CAGCCCCCAAAAACACAGCUCUCACACAGAGAGCAAAAAGAAAGGAGAGCAGUCACUCAGACAGAGAGGGAAGCCCCGUUUAGAGCAGCUCCCGCUGAUGUUAACCCCGUAGUGAAACAAGACAUGAAUUCUGUAGGCAGGUCAUGGCUGCUGCUUACAGGCUUCAUACUGUUUUAUAUCAUCUACCUGUUGUUCGGAGCCCUGAUGUUCUCCAGCAUCGAGCGGCCGGUGGAGGACAAGUUGCGACAAGACAUGGAAGCCCUGAAGCAGGAAUUUCUGAACCAGAGCUGCGUCAACUCCACGUCGCUCGAACUCUUUUUGGUCAAAGUUCUGACGGCAAACAAGUACGGCGUCUCCGUCCUCAAAAACAGCUCCGUUAACUCCAACUGGGACCUGACAUCCUCCAUGUUCUUCGCCAACACUCUGGUCACCACUGUCGGGUAUGGUCAAUCCACUCCGCUGUCUGACACUGGAAAAGCUUUCUCCAUCUUCUACGCCUUGAUAGGAGUCCCUUUCACCAUGCUGGUGCUCACCGCCUGCGUCCAGAGGAUCAUGUGCCCUCUGGUCCUCGCUCCCGUCAGGCUCCUGCAGCGGUCGGGCAUGGAGCCUCGGCCAGCCACAUUUGUCCACUUCCUGUUGCUGCUCCUUGUGGUGGUGUUGUGCUUCUUCGUGGUGCCGGCGGCCGUGUUCAGCUCAGUGGAGUUGUCCUGGUCGUUCUUGGAUGGCAUCUACUUCUGUUUCAUCUCGCUGUGCACCAUCGGACUGGGAGAUUUCGUUCCGGGGACGCAGCCUGGGCAGAAGUACAGGCAGCUGUACCAGGUCACCGUCAUGGUCUACCUGUUCCUGGGUCUGAUGAUGAUGUACCUCCUGCUGCGCACCUUCCACAAAAUGGCUGACCUGCACGGCCUUACCACCUUCCUGCAGCUGCCGCACUGUGACGAGUCUGACCUGGAGGACGACAGGGAGCCCAUCGUGGAGGGCAAACGUGAAGAUCAGGCGGCCCCUUGCCAGACAGAAAAAGAGGCCAGCAAGCACCUGAAGCCGGGAUCACAGUCCACUUACAACACCAUCCACUCAGGCUGAGCUGGGGGGGAGGGGGAGAAGAAGAAGCAGCUCUACCUCUGGUACCUACUCACACUGGUGGGCUGAAUCUGAAUUCUUGUCUUAAUUUUUUUUACUUCUUGUCUCCUUUAUCCAGAGGCGAGAGCGUCAUAUAAUGAGGAAUUGAGAUGAGUUUUAAGAUUCAGCCUUUGUGAGAGGACCGCCAAUAAGUUUGUGAGUGGUUACUACACACCGCUUUCUGCACAUAUGAAAGGACUAUCCUACCUUGACUACGGCGACCCGCCUGGGCUAAGUGAUGCCAUAACCGAUAGCGAUAACGCUGCGUUCGCCGUACUUGGCUGCUGCGUUUACAGCCUCGGGUUAACGCACGGUUAAGGGCUCGACGCAAAAACUUUUGAUACUUGGUUGGUUUUUAGAUCACUUUUGUCUUGCAUGCAUUUUUGUCAUGUUGCUUUAUGUGUCACCCGUCUGGGUUGCUACUUUAGGACUAAAUACAAUUGUAUUUAAUUAUAAUAAUUAAAUGUCGUUGCCUAACACAAUCGAGGAUGCACUUGCCAACUUUCAACUGAAUUUGCUUUUAUUUGGGUGCAUAGUUCAGCUCCUUCACUUUAUAUUUCUCAUAUGCACACACAUCAUGACCAAACCUCCUCCAAACUAUUGACCAGACCGUCCAAUCACAUUUAGAGACAGGACUGACCUCCGCUCACUUUUUUGCACAACUUAUCACAACCGCAGUGAAACGACAUGUGAAACUGUUAAAACUUUAGAUCACUUCCUUAAAUAAAGGUCAAAUAUCCACCUACGCUGAGCAUUUAAAACAGUGGGGAAGUUUACUGCAACGUGUUUAAUCAGAUUUCCUGUUUGAAAGUAUUGACUUUUGUGUGUCUGGGUCAGCCUUGAAGAGUACAGAAACCACAGAGGAGCACUGUUUGCUUCAGGACAUGGGCUGUCCUCCUUUUAUGGUGCUGCCCCCUUGUGUCUACAUGUAUGUUACUACAUCUCCAGAGCAUAGACUGUAAAAAGCUCCAGAGCAGUAAUAAAUAGGUUUAAAGGGUUGGAAUAGAGGGAUAUGGAGGAAAAGAAAAAGGAAAAAAUGGCGGUAAAUAAAAAGUGAUUUCAAUU